ACAUUAUGACAAAAUACAAAAUGCCUUAUAAUAUAUAAAAUUUUAUAAAAUUAAUUAGUUUUAUCAUCUUCAGGUUUUAUAGUGUUUAGAAAAUUUUAUAUCGUACGCUAUGGGAGCAAUAAUAGCAAGAUUACGUAAGGAGAAGUCAACUUACGCAGUUUUGGAGAAGCUUGAGUAUGAUAUAAAAUUAAUUGAAGACUAUGGCCAAUCAACAAAGAAACAAAGAAGAAGUAUUAUAACAAAUAUCGUUUACUCAUCUAUGGGUCUCUACUUUGUUAGUGCUGCAUUGGUUUAUCAAUAUUUUUUACCAAAAACAUGGCCAGAACGAAUAUUUUAUGUUGUUACACCACUUGUAGGGUUCCCUUUAGUAAUUAUUUUAUUCAAGAAAUUAAUUGGAUGGUACUAUGAUCGAAAAAUAUCGAAGAAUGCCUCAAAAUUAAUGGCAUUAAGAGAGAAAAAACGAAAAAUAUUAGAUGAGGUUAUGAAAACACAGACUUAUGAACAAGCACUGAAAAUCUUAGAAAGAUUUGAUGAGCGUCCUGUCACCAAGAAAAUUGUGCCAAUAUCAAGUUCAGCUUCACCAGCACCAGUAGUUAAUAGCACCAAGAGCUUAACUAGUGCAGUGAAAACCCAAAGUGUAACAAAUUCGCCAUUCAUAAAGAAAGGAAACACUUCAUUGUCUAUGUCAUUAACUUCUAAUCAACUGGCACUGCCUUCCCCACCUAGUCUUAACAAAACUCUACCUAGGCCAAUACUUUCGCCAAAUCGAUCAUUUUUAGAUAAAAUGGUUGACUAUAUAAUUGGAGAUGGGCCAACAGGCCGGUAUGCUCUAAUAUGCACACAAUGCUUCAACCAUAAUGGUAUGGCAUUAGAGGAAGAAUUUGAAUAUUUAGCAUUUCGUUGCGCUUUCUGUGCAACUUUUAAUCCUGCUAGAAAACAAAGGCCUAUUGCUCCAGCUCUCUCUAGUGAUGAGAGUAAGGAGGAGUCCAAAUCUGAGGGCAGUGAUGAUGAAAAUACAGAUGAUUGUAAACCACUUGAAGAAUCUGGAAAUUCAAAUAAGUCAGAGAAUGAAAGUCAUGAUGAGAUUGAUAAAUAAUAUAUAAUAAGGAGUAAUAUAGGAGUGUUCAAUAUUGCAAUAAUCAUGACAUAAAAUUUUAUAUAUUUUAUCA